CGCAGGCGCAGCAGUAGUACGGAGACGCCCCGCCCAGGCAAAGGGGGGACGGUUUUCCGGGGAGGCCGCACACAGCGCCGGCGGAAGCGGGAAGGGAGAAUGUGGCUCCUCGGCCCCCGCCGCCCUGAGGAGAGGCGCCCCCUGCCCCACGCCCAGCAGACAAGAGAAUGAAAACAUCUCUGCAAACCGAAAGUUAGCUUCUGAGGCCGUAGGCUGUGGCAAAAGUGAAACCCUAGAUCAGGCUACCCCGACCAGAAAACAGUGGUCUGGGCUGGACAGUAGAGGACACAAGGCUGUUAACGUGAUGGAAAAGAAGGCUAAAUUCAGUUCAAAGUUUAUAAAAACACAGAAACAGCCUAGUCACAAAGGAGGUUCAGGUGGCCAGUUCGCUUCUCCGCAUCUGACUGGGAAUCGCAGGAUCUUGUACCGUGUGACAUACACUUGGAACCGAGGUGGGAGAUUAAAAGAACUCCGUAUCAGACACCUGGCUAGGAAAUUCCUUUACUUGUGGAUGAAGAAGGCAUUUGGAAGGGUCCUCCCUUCUAGUGCCAGGUGCUAUUAUGAUCAGAAGAUACUGCGGAAAACCUUUGGAGGGUGGAAGGAAGAAUGGUGGGUUAUUUGGAAAGAAUGGAAGCUCACCAUCCGGGCUGACUGCCAUUACAGGUAUUUCCUGUACAACCUGAUCUUUCGGGCCUGGAAGUCCUACGUACUCCUGCAGCGAGAGAAGAAGGUGACUUAUUGUGUUGCAGAUUCAUAUGCGGCAAAAAUGAAAACCCUUUGGACGUGGCAGCGCUGGCUGAGCUAUGUGGAAUUGCGCCGGAUGAAGCGCCGAAUGCACUUGGAGGCCUUCAAGUUCAAGGAAAAGAGUACCUUGCGACUUGCAUGGAGGUUGUGGAGAAAGAGAUGGUCACAGAAUCAAGUUGCUUGUGAAAUGGAUGGUCAGGCUCUACAGCAUUGGGCCCAAGGCUUACAGUUUCGUGCCUGGCUCAAAUGGAAGGAGUGCUAUAUGUGCAUCCAAGAUGAGAGAAAGGAGGAGGCCAGGGCAGUGAUGCAUGAGCAGCACAGGGAGAUGUGGAGGGCCAUGAAAUCCUGGCAUGUCUAUGUGCAUCUCCGAAGAGAGAAGGAGCAUCAGGACAAGCUGGCCUUGCAGCACAACCGCACCCGGGUCCUCUUUCAGAGCUUCUCGAUGUGGCGUCUGACUUGGGAACACAGACAGCAACUGCAUGCCCACCAGGAGCACCUUGUUCAGCUGGCUGCAAGGGUCGCCUUGCGAAGAGUUUUCACACGAUGGAAGCAGUAUGUGACAUUGUGUGCCCAAAAAGCUAAGCGCUAUGAACAUGCUGAGUGCCACUACAGAUGUCACCUGCUGCACUGUGGGCUGAGUGCCUUGCGGAAGAAUGUUACAGAAGCUUCUGUCAAGCAAAUGAGGAUAAACUUGGCUCAUCAGCAGCACCAAGUCAUGCUCUUGCUCAGGUUCUGGAAUGGAUGGAAGUCUCGUUUGGAACAGAAGGAGGAAGAGCGAUACCGCUCCCUGACACUGUCAGCUCAUUCUCACUACAGGACUGUGCUGCUGCACAGGUGUCUCAGGACCUGGUCAUGCCAUGCCAACUGGAAAAGGCACAGGAAGCUGCAAUAUGCCAGAGCCAAUAGGCACUACGAGGGUGUGAUCUUGCCUGCCACUUUUGAGGCCUGGAAGCGAUUCAGGGAUCAUCAGUGCUGGUGGAGAAAGAUGAAGGGGAUGGCCGUGUGUUUCCACAGAGAAACUUGCACAAGGCGAUGGUUUGAAAGGUGGCGGCUGAGAAAACAUGAGCACCAAGAGAACCACAUGGCAGAGGAAAUGGCUGUUCUGCACUCUGAGCGACGGCUGCUGUCCCAGUCCUGGUGCUUCUGGCGCAGGAGAACUGUGGUUCAGCUGGAAGAGUGUGAGGGACUGUCCUUGGCCAAAGAGCAUCACAGCCACCAAAUCCUGCAGACUGCUUUCUGUCUUUGGAAGGAGAACGUUCAGGAAAUAAAGGAAGGGAGGACGAAAGAGGCCAGAGCUUCAAGGUUCCACUCUGUCAAGCUCCUUCGAUGGUCUUGGAGCAAGUGGCGACAGUACUUGAGGCACCGCUCUGAGAAGUGGACGAAGCUGGUGAGAGCUGAUGUGCACCACCAGCAGGCUGUGCUGCGCAGGGCCUUGUCAGCCUGGAAGGCUUACCAGAGUCACAUCCAGCACAUUCUGUCCCAAGUAGCCAAAAAGGAGGAGGAGCAUAAUCAGCAGCUGCUACGGCAAGCGCUGUGCACCUGGAAGGAAAAUGCUGCAGAUUCCAAGCAAGAAGCUGAGAAGGCUGCUCUGGCAGAAGAGCAUCACCGAAGAGCGUUUCUCUCAAAGGUUGUGCUCAGAUGGAGGGAUGCAGCCUCCUUGUGUGCAUACCAUCGUCAGCAGGAGGCAGCAGCUGUGAUGGAGGCCAGGAAGCAUUUGCAUGCAGUGAGGCUGCAGACAAUGUUUAUUCGCUGGAAGGAGUCCUACGUUCAGUCCUCUAAGCAGAGAGGGCAGUUUGUCUUUGCAGCUCAGCACCAUGGGAGACAGCUGCUUAGCAAGUGCAUGGCCAGGUGGAAGCAGUAUCACCUCCAGUGCAUAAGGAAGAUGCUCCUGCAGAGACAAGGAGAUCAGCUGAUGGCCCGGAGGCUUUCCUCUACCUGCUUCUCAACCUGGAAGACACAGUUGGCGUACAGGCAGAGGGAGCGGCAGGAAACCAUGCGGGCGCUUUGGCAUUGGUCCAUGUCCCUGCAGGGCAAGGUAUUUGAUGCUUGGCUGGCAUUUGUCCUGGAGCAGCAGCGCAAGAAAGGUCGGAUCGAAAGGGCUGUGGAGAUUUACCGGGCUGAUUUGCUGCGGGAGGGUGUGACCCGCAUCCUGAGGUACACGGCUGGCAUGAAGGAAUUCCGAGGGCACUUGCAGGCCCAGCAUCAGGUGAAGAUCGCCUGCCACCGUCACCAGGCUGUCUACCGAUGCGCCAUGCUCUGGAAACUAAAGGUCCUCUGCCAGAAAUCCAGUCUGUCCAUUCCAGGGGCCCCUCUCAAGAAGCGAGUGACAUUCCAAGUGCCAGUGCCUGCUGCAAUCUCAAGAGCCAAUGACGAUCUUGGAAGGAGAACGAGCCUUCGUUCCACGGCAAGGCCUGCACAGAGCGACCACCAGGCCCACAUUUUCCAGGCUUCUGGAGAUUCCAUCCUGACUGAUCUGCAGGCAGCCCGCCAAGGCAGGUUACAGCCCCGUAGACCUGACUUCCUGCUGCAAUCUCUGGAGAGAACAGAGCUGCCUGAUCCUGACUUGAAUGGACUAGAAAGCCUUUCUGGGGCUUUGCAGAAAACGACUCCAAGCCACCCAUCUGCUCUGUCUACGGCUCUUUUGUCAUCUGCCCAAAGCAGUGUCCCUUCUCCACCCCAGUUCAGCAGCUGCCCCUUCUCAGCACCCCCACUUCCUCAGCCUGCUUCAGUGCUGCGCACACCCCCUUGGCCAGAUAGCACAGCCCUCCCAAAGCCAAAGCCAAAGCCAGAGCUGUUGCCACCUUCCUCCUUCAUGACACGGAGAAGAGAGAAGCCAGGAACGGUCGAGCCUUUGGGCCUGCAGCCUGGCCUCUAUUCCACAAGCCCUCCGGGACCAACCACUGGGAAGGAAAAAGUGCUGGCAGACUCAAGGGCAGAUUUCCGCCUGCCUGAAGAUUUUUCAAGGAGAGAGAGCCCUCCUCCCCAUCCCACUUGCGGAAGGGCAGGAACCAAAGAACCAGAAAAGGCAACAGAGGGUUUUACUCAGGAGGCUCUGGCAGUUCACAAACAGCUGGGAGCUGAGCUCCAGGUUAUUGGGAAGAAAAUGCAACUCUACCACCACAACCAGCAGGAGCUGAAGUUCUGCCAGCGGCGGCAGCGCAUUCUGCUUAAGUGGCUGGAGAUGAGACCAGGGGAUGAAGAACAGGUGGCUGUGCGUCAAGUACAAGAAGAGUUGGAUCAGCUGAAAGUGAAGAUCAGUUCCCUCAAGCACAUACUGGGAGAAGAGCGACAGCUAAUGGAGUCCUACAUCACACGUGUCCAGGAUAUUCGAGCGGCUCUUAGCACUUAAGCAUCUUGGACUCACUUGUUUGCAUGAUAUGCAGUGGGAUGGCUGGAUGUUGUCCCUUUGCUAUGCAAGGGGGGGGUGGCAGAGGAGCCUCCACCCCGUUAGCUGUACAAACACUGGUGGAGGCUGCAAUCCAAUAUUAACACAUUUACCUGGGAGUAAGUCACAUUGACAUGCACAGGAUUGCACUGCAGGUAGUUAGCAUGUCUCUUUACAGCAGUCAAAUGCUUUCUUUUAAAAAGUCAGCCACGGUAAGUCAUUCGUUUUUAUUUUAAAACCUUUGCAAUUAAUGAGUUAAUGUCUUUUAAGUUGUACAUUUUGACAUACAAAAAUACUGUGCUACUGAUACAGUUGAAAAAUUAAAUGGAUUCUCCGUGCAGGAGAAAUUCACAGCGUCA